AUGAUGCUGGUCUGGUUGGUGAAUGGUAACAAUAACGGCGACGACGACGACGACGAUAUGGAUCUCUAUCCGGCACCCGAUAUUGGCCAUGUUUCUUUUUCCGGUUUAAGCGAACCAUGUUCCAUUGGUUCUAUCGUUGAAGUGGUGAUAAAUGCGCACGGUGAUUCAUCGGCUGGUUCCAUUAUUGUUGAAGCAAUUGCGCCUUCGGGAUCCAUCAAAAAUUGUCAAGUACUCAAAAAAGGCAGCAUUUUUACGGCUACUUUUACACCAAAUGAAGUUGGUAAAUGGCAAAUUAGUAUACUUUACGAUGGUGAUCACAUUCGAGGUUCUCCAUUUUCUUGUAAAGUUUACGACGCCAAUCUUGUUCAGGUGUAUGGUUUGGAUGUCGGGCUUGUUGGUCAAGAAUUGAAAUUUAGUGUGAAUGCAUCACAAGCUGGUGAUGGUUUUCUCAAAGUUUCGGUAUUACGGCAUGGUCGAAGUAUGCCAUGUGAGGUGCUCGAGCAAGGUAAUUCAGGUGUUUAUCGAAUUAGCUUCACUCCUGAUGGUGCUGGACAAUACAAAAUUCAUGUCCUCUUUAAUAAUAUGGAAGUUAAGGGUUCCCCGUUUAUCCUGGAUAUAGCGGAUGCAAGUUCGGUUUCUGUUUAUGGUGAAAAUUUACGAAUGGCUUCCGUUGAUCGACUUAAUACAUUUUUUAUUCAUGCAGUUGGUGCUGAAUGCAAAGAUAUCACUGUUACCAUUACUGCUCCUUCUGGAAAAUCAAAACGAGCACGAGUUUACCAAACAGAUGACGUAACUUAUAAAGUAGAAUGGAAACCUGUUGAAGCUGGUGAGCAUUCUAUUGAUGUAAGACUUUUCAAUCAGAGCGUUUAUGAAAGCCCAUUUGUGUGUAAUGUCGGUGAUCCGGAUUUGGUAACCGUCCGGAAUAUGCCGGAAUUUAUUAAUGCCGAUGAAAUUUUCCGAGAUUACACUUUUGAAAUCGAUGCAAGUGCAGCAGGAUCUGGCAAUUUAGAAAUUAUGAUAAAUGGUGGUCGUGUGGCAUGUCGUGUACGUGAGCUCGGUGGACGACAUUACUUAGCUUCAUUUACUCCCACUCAGGCAAUAACACACAUUGUUGAAAUGCGAUUUAAUGGUGAAAAUGUCAGGAUGUCACCGUGGAAAAUUCAGGUCAGAGGUUCUCAGCAUCAAACAAAUCCAGAUUACGAGGUGGAAGAACGAAUGAUACGAAGUAUCGAAAGUAGACGAGUUGAACGAACCGAAUCCUGGUAUACAGAAUUAUCCGGAAUAGGAUUGCAGCGUGCUUCCGUUGGUAAACCAACUACAUUUGAAAUAACGGGUGAUGGUAUUACAGAAGCCGAUGUGCAAGCACGAAUAUACGGUCCCGAUGCUAUCGAUUUACCCAUAAGUAUUUAUCGACGAGGUGAUCAAAAACUGAUCUGUGAAUAUGUUAUUAAUAAGGUUGGUGACCAUUACCUAGAAAUGACAAUUUGUGGCAAAAAAAUUGAUCCAUAUCCAUUGACUGUUUCCGGCUAUUCCGCUGAAAAUGUUAAAAUCGAACCACUUGGUGGUGGUACACCUGGACAACCUGUGCAGUUUAUUGUUGAAAAGUUUUGUUAUUAUGUUGGAAUGACAACAGAAAUGAAUUGA